AUGUCAAGGGACACUGGUACUGUGUCAGUGGAGUUCAGGUGCCCCAGACCUCAGGAUGUAUUCAGUGUGGAAAUUCUUCGAAGUAUAGAGUGUACCGCAAAGUCCUGCAAUGGAGAUAUCAUCCAGACUGAGUACGGCUCCACUCCUUUGACGGAUUUCAACCGCACAUUCACCUGGAACCUUAAGGCCUCUGCACAGCAAGCAUUUCAACUAGACUUCACCAGCACAGGUCUGAGACAGAUUAAUCCCUCAGAAACCUGUCCAGAUAAACACACCUACAGCCUCCAGGCCCUUCAGGCCACCGGGAAGGUGGCUAUUGGGACAUACUGCAGAACUGGCUCCUUUCAUGGGGCUCAGGUGCUAAAGCAGGGCAGCUUUUCUGUACAAGUUCCAGCCAAACAGAAGUUACAAGGUGCCCGGUUUGGUGUAUCGGUUGGAGAGGAAAUCAAAUCCCUUGCCAAAAUGAAACUGAUUUUACCAGAGAGGAGCUCAUCUACAGAGUUGCUUUCUCCAAACUACCCGGGCAGUUUUCCUGAUGAUGACCAGAUGGAGUGGGAGUUUCAGACUCCAGCCAAAUACAAUGCAACCAUUGAUUUCUUGGACCACACGCAGCCCCGUUGUCUGAAGAAGAGCACUGCUGUGGAGUACCACCGGAGAGGAAGAGAGGCAUCGGUGCGGGGGCUGUCCGUCACCCAGUCAACCCAGAUCCAAGGCAACUUCUCCCUGACCCUAAGGAACUGUGAAAUGGACAGGGCCCGUGAUAAUACAGCCGGACUCUCCGUACACUUUAAGGUCGCCGCUGUCCAGAGAAGUCGCCCAGUGUUGUGUGAAGUGGACCUGAGAAAAGAGGAGAGGCUCUCUCUUUACAUCGAGGCCAGACCGGGCUCUGAGUGCGAGAUGAAAAUGAACUUCAAUACCAAGGAGAGAAUCACCCUUCCAUCUAAAAGCAUUACUCAGCUGUCAUUCCAGGACUGCUCCCCUGAAGAUGUACGGGUGACAGCCAGGAGAAUUAUAGCUUGCCAACAGCUUAACCGCUGUCCGAAGGUCUCUUUGGCAGUGCCUUCGCUGCCCAGUUGCCUUCCUGCCCCACUGAGUAACGUGACCUGGACUCUCCUGCCUCCUCCACAUGGAGCUGUGGAGCUACUGUCCCCCAGCAACCCUCUCAGACAGUCACCGCCCGGGCAGCCGUGCAAUGACAGCAUCAUUCUCCAAGUGGUUGAGGAUGACGGCACCUCUCUCGGCCAGUUCUGCCCUGAGGGAGCCAUAAAGAGCAUCCAGAUUCACGCCAAUGUCUCCGUUACCGCCUCCGGCGUGGGGGAUGGAGUGCUGCGAACUUCCAAAUUGCUGCUACAUGCUGUUUUCAGAGGGGAGAUCAGAGAGAGGUACAUAUUCAAUGUAGCUCCUGAGAAAGGAGUCCAGACCGUUUUAGCUACUCCUGGAUGGCCAGAAGGGAUGAAGUCCUACUCCACAGUCUCUUGGAUCAUCUCUGUGCCGGCCAAGCAGGAGGCUCACUUGAUGUUCACCAACAUCACUCAGCCCAAAUGUAACAACCGCCACACCAACAUCAGGGUGCAGAGCCUGGGCUCCCUGGAGGAGAUGUACAGCCGCAGAGAGGACGAGGAAGCUGACAGUGAGAUCACAAUCUCCAAGAGCUUCUAUCUGAACAUGUCCAACUGUAUGCCCGAAAGAGGACACUUCACUGUCGUCUCGCAGAUCACUUUGCAUAAGAACAAGAACCUGCUCCUGAUUGCUGUUCUGAGCGUGGUGGCUGCACUGUUGCUCAUCAUUUUCAUUGCAUUGGGGGUGGUCUGUGUGGUGAUCAGGAAGAAGAAGAGACAGAUGAAUCAUCAGGUGUCUAUCUACAAUCCUAACGGUACAAGCUUCCUGCCAGGACACAACGGCCUCCCAAAAUCACCUGAGGAGGAUGACCAUGUCUACGCCUCCAUUGAGGACUCGCUGGUUUACACGCACCUUUUAAGAAAAGGGGUAGAGAUGGGAGUAUAUGGAGAGGCUGACACGUAUCGGCCAUUCACGGGCCCCACAGAACCACCACACUCGCAGGGCAUGGCUUCUGAGCGUCCGGAGGUCGGUGUGUACCGGCCGUUUGUGCCGCCGUCUCACCAGGGCCCUCCUCUUCCAAAUAGACCUCCAAGCCAAGCCCAGUGCUUUGUGAAAAAUGACUUAUAUUGCACUGAGAGCAACAGUGAGGAGGAAGACUGUGGAGAUCUUACGAGGAGCGCAGUGCUAGGACCAAGGAUGGACCCGGAGGGAGGAGACUGA